AGCAGAGUUUGAUAGAUCAGCAGAGGAAACAGAUGCUGUUCCUGUCCCUACAGAGAUGGUUGGUGGUCGCUUCCGUUGCCUGAGCUGCUUCGCAUACGCUGCUGUGCUGCUUCUUGGGGUCUGCGUCCUCAAUGCUGAGGCUUCCACUUGUGUUCACAUCAUUCAUAAAAAAGUUGGAGACACUGCGGUUCUUCCAUCAUGUUUAAAUGAACCAACUGAAAAUGUUAACUUCAAAUUUUGGAAAUAUGGAGAAAAAACUAUUAUAAAAAAAGGUCAAAAUGUAACACAUCUCAACUUCAUGGGUAGAACAGACCUAAACCCCAAAGACUUUAGUUUAACAGUGAGAAAACUGACUCGUCAAGAUUCUGGUGAUUUCAGUUUUCUCUCAGAGGUGAAUAAGAAACAAAGACCAACAGUCACCAUCACUCUGCAAGUUCAUGAGCCCAUAACUAAGCAGCCUGACCUGAUGAUCAAUUCCACUUGGGUUGCUUCAAAUAAAUCCUGUACCAUUUUUCUGGAGUGCAGUUCAGUCUCUGACAUUGGUGUCACCUACACGUUGGCUGUGAGGAACCAAACCCAAAGUGGCUCCAAGCUGCAGUACAACUUCAGUCCAGAGGAGGGAGAAACCACAUUUACCUGUACAGUAUCUAACACUGUUAGUGGGAUGUCGGCAUCCAAAACAGUGAAGUGCAGCAACGGUAUGUCUCAGCAAUCAGGACAAUAUUAUGUGCAAAGAUGUGAUUAGUCGAACCUCGGAUUCAGGAGGAACAAUGCGGUUUUCGUCCUGGCCGUGGAACAUUCAA